GGCUCCGCGCUGCUGCGGGUGGAUGAGGAGGAGUCACUCGACAAUGACAUGGGGGNGGGCAUCAACGCCAGCUUGCUCUUCCCUUCCUGCCAUUGGUGGGUGCUCCACUGAGCCAAUCGCUGACGAGACGCGCUCUUUGCGCUGUUGAGUAGUUGGCGCUGAGCUGGCUGUAGCCAGUGUCCACUCAGAGGCAGCAGCGGCUGACAUGCAGCGCCAGUGGCCACUGUGACGAGGAGCAGUGCGCAAUCAACGCGCAGCGUCUCGGAGAAUAUGAGCAAAGCAGCGGCUCCAUGUCGACCCAGCGCCUCCUUCAAGUUCACUAUUGACAACAUCCUGAACCUGAAGUCGAGCGGGGCAGGGUCUGACUCCAGCGGGCUGCGGGAUGAGCUGCGGGAAGAGCUGCGGGAUGGGCCUGCAGGCCAACAGAGGCCAGACCAGAACGUGUCGGUCAGAACCGGCAGCACAGCCUCCGAACCGGGCUCGCGCUACGAGAGCGGCGACAGCAGCUGCGACGACAGCGUCUCCAGCAGCGCGGCCCCGGACGCGCUUCAAGGAGGCAGUCCGAGCAAGAAGAGCAAAGUCAUCACCAAGAAGAAAACUCGCACCAUCUUCUCCAAGAGACAGAUCUUCCAGUUGGAGUCUACCUUCGACAUGAAGCGGUACCUCAGCAGCGCGGAGCGGGCCUGCCUUGCCAGCUCCCUGCAGCUUACGGAGACGCAGGUCAAGAUCUGGUUCCAGAACCGCAGGAAUAAGUUGAAACGACAGAUCUCCACGGAGAUCGACGGACCCGGGAGGGAUUUCCCCGAGGCCGCAAAGCCCGUGGCGUCGGGGCCGCUUCCGCCCUUGUACAAGGAGAGCAGCCUGCUGGGGAGAUGCCUGCUGCCGGUGCCACUGCCGGUGAUGUACCCGGCCAGCGGCGCGCCUUACCUCUGCUUCUCCAGCGCAAGCAAGUACUUCAGCCUGUACGACGGAGACGUAUGAGGCGACCCACAGACGCUUUGGCGGGGUUUGUUGCCAAGUUUCAAGCAUUUAGGGGUCUGGCGAAACCCGAACCUGUUUUUCAAACAGGAGAAACUGGCCCAGAACGCGCGGCAUUAUUAAUUUUCCUGAAGGCCUGACUCUGAACUUCACCCGGCUUCACUGAUGAUGCCUGAUCAUUUACAGUCUGUUGUUGUUUACAUCCUAUUUUAUUAUUAUUCUUUUAUAAUUAACCAGUUUAUUGCUGCGAAAGCCACCAAAGAAAUUACUGUAGCCUAUUUGCAUGCUUUCCGGUAUAUUAAGGAAGUUUAAAAUAUUAAAAUUAUCUUUGUAUUUAAAUGAAUGUACGUAAUAUCAUUUCAUUUCUCUUGCGCAUGUUUAAUUUUUGUUUUUCUAGUUAUUUUAUUAUUAUUUUAUCCCACUUUGCCUUCAAGAUUACUACACCUUUUAUUAAAGUGAAAUUAAAACAAUAUUUAAGAACUUCACAUUUCAGAUUCAGUAAUUUCAGAUAAUUAUUCUUUUUGAUACAGACCUUAUUUUAAUCUUUUAUACAUAUUUUUAAUUUUUUUUCCUGGCAGAAUAUUAAUUCUGUAAACGGACAGCAUCAAUUUGCUAAAUUUUUAUUAGAAACUCGGGCCUAAGUAAUACAAGCAAACAAACACUUUGUUUCCAGGUUGGAGGAAAUACAUUUUGGUGGAAAUUUUCUUCAUUAUUUGAGGGCAAAUAAAAUAAAAUAAAAAA